CAAACGUUUGACUUGUGGGCGGAAAGUAAACCCGGAAAUGUGCGGAAGGAAACCACGUGAAUGAACAACGGAGGCUACAACAACAUUAACGAGUAGCAUUUUAUCAUCAAGCGGUACGGUAAACUAGACUGUUAUAACGUAACGCUGUUGGUGUGUCAUUCAAAUAUGACAUUAAUUUAUUAGCUUACGUUAGCUGGCUAGUUUUCCGUCAAUGUGCACGUAGCUAGCCUGCAAGUGGUCUUGUAUUUGCUGCAAAGAGGAGAUACACAAACGAACAUUUUUUUGUGAAGUAUUUAGGAAUGGUCUAACUCCACCAGACGCCAUGUUGAGUCGUCUACAGGAGCUGAAGAAGGAGGAGGAGACUCUCCUAAAGAUUAAAGUUAUGCUGCAGGACCAGCUCAACAGACUCAAGUUUGAAGAAGGGGCCCUAAAGUCCAUCAUCAACGCUCAGACAGACGAAGGUCCUUCACAACCUGCCAGUCCUGAGGUUCCUCUGAACCUGGAUGACGUAGCAGCGAUCAACCAGACCAAACUGCUGCUGAGUGGUCCUGUAGACUACCGCAUAGAGGAGGAGGAGGAAGAGGAGGAGGAGGAAGAGGAGGAGGAGGAUGACGACAAUAAUGAGCUUGAAGCCGUGCCUGAGGUAGACGAGGAGGACGACGAUUAUUACUGAGUGGACCUGUAGACUACCACAUGGAGGAGGAGGAGGAGGAGGAGGAGGACGACGACAACAAUGAGCUUGAAGCAGUGCCUGAGGAAGACGACGAUUAUUACUGAGUGGACCUGUACCAAAUGGCCCCCUAUUCCCAAUGUAGUGCACUAGGUUUGAGCAGGGAAUAGUAACUGGACAAAUGUAGUGCCACUACAUAGGGAAUAGGGUAUGAUUUGGGAUGUAGACAAUGUAUUGACCUCCAGUACCUAAAUGCCACUGAAGAGGAGAUGUGUGUAUAUAAUAUUACAGACCGUUCUUUUGUUUUACUUCCUGUACUUCUGAAGUUAUUUAUUAGAGUGUUCAACGGGAAGAUUACAGUUGUAAAUAAAAUGUAGCCUUGGGUGCUAGCCGGUAGGCAAGAGCACAAACAGAUCUGGGACCAGGCUUAUUGUCAUUCCAUAACGACAGCAGUAGAGUUGGCUAGAGCACAAACAGAUCUGGGACCAGGCUUAUUGUCAUUCCAUAAUGACAGCAGUAGAGUUGGCUAAAGCACAAACAGAUCUGGGACCAGGCUUAUUGUCAUUCCAUAAUGACAGCAGUAGAGUUGGCUAAAGCACAAACAGAUCUGGGACCAGGCUUAUUGUCAUUCCAUAAUGACAGCAGUAGAGUUGGCUAAAGCACAAACAGAUCUAGGACCAGGCUUAUUGUCAUUCCAUAAUGACAGCAGUAGAGUUGGCUAAAGCACAAACAGAUCUGGGACCAGGCUUAUUGUCAUUCCAUAAUGACAGCAGUAGAGUUGGCAAGAGCACAAACAGAUCUGGGACCAGGCUUAUUGUCAUUCCAUAAUGACAGCAGUAGAGUUGGCUAGAGCACUAACAGAUCUGGGACCAGGCUUAUUGUCAUUCCAUAAUGACAGCAGUAGAGUUGGCUAAAGCACAAACAGAUCUGGGACCAGGCUUAUUGUCAUACCAUAAUGACAGCAGUAGAGUUGGCUAAAGCACAAACAGAUCUGGGACCAGGCUUAUUGUCAUUCCAUAAUGACAGCAGUAGAGUUGGCUAAAGCACAAACAGAUCUGGGACCAGGUAUUACAGUAAGAAUAUGAACAGGACUGAACUGUGAUCUCCCUCACAUUAGUUAAGGCCUGUUUUUUUGUAGCCUGGUCCCAGAUCUGUAGGUGCUGUAUAGUCAGCUUCUAUAGCCACUGUAGACUGGUCCCAGGUCUGUAGGUGCUGUAUAGUCAGCUUCUAUAUCCACUGUAGACUGGUCCCAGAUCUGUAGGUGCUGUAUAGUCAGCUUCUAUAGUCACUGUAGACUGGUCCCAGGUCUGUAGGUGCUGUAUAGUCAGCUUCUAUAGCCACUGUAGACUGGUCCCAGGUCUGUAGGUGCUGUAUAGUCAGCUUCUAUAGCCACUAUAGACUGGUCCCAGAUCUGUAGGUGCUGUAUAGUCAGCUUCUAUAGCCACUGUAGACUGGUCCCAGAUCUGUAGGUGCUGUAUAGUCAGCUUCUAUAAUCACUGUAGACUGGUCCCAGGUCUGUAGGUGCUGUAUAGUCAGCUUCUAUAGCCACUGUAGACUGGUCCCAGGUCUGUAGGUGCUGUAUAGUCAGCUUCUAUAAUCACUGUAGACUGGUCCCAGGUCUGUAGGUGCUGUAUAGUCAGCUUCUAUAGCCACUAUAGACUGGUCCCAGAUCUGUAGGUGCUGUAUAGUCAGCUUCUAUAGUCACUAUAGACUGGUCCCAGAUCUGUAGGUGCUGUAUAGUCAGCUUCUAUAGCCACUGUAGACUGGUCCCAGGUCUGUAGGUGCUGUAUAGUCAGCUUCUAUAAUCACUGUAGACUGGUCCCAGGUCUGUAGGUGCUGUAUAGUCAGCUUCUAUAGCCACUAUAGACUGGUCCCAGAUCUGUAGGUGCUGUAUAGUCAGCUUCUAUAGCCACUGUAGACUGGUCCCAGGUCUGUAGGUGCUGUAUAGUCAGCUUCUAUAGUCACUAUAGACUGGUCCCAGGUCUGUAGGUGCUGUAUAGUCAGCUGCUAUCAUGCUAUACAUAAUAUUGUAGCGAUCCUUGCUAAUAUGAGCCAUGUUACAAUUCCCGCCAAGUGGGUUAACCCUAUUGGCACGACACAUAGGGUGUUGGGUCUUUCAGGCCAGCGACCCAGGUCCGCUUCCCCGUCUGGGACCGAGGCUGUCUGACGUAUUGCCUGUAAACCAUAGAGUCGUUGUUCCUACCCGGUUCUCGUUCAGUAUCUCUCAUUGGUCCAGCAGCCGCUGUAAUUGUAGUGUCCAAUGCCUACUGUUCUACUGUUGAUGUGUGUGUGUGUCUCUAUGGAUGUUGAGGCAUGAAUCUAGUAGUGGUAUCCAGAAUAUACCGGCAUAACGUUUCUGUACCAUACCGGGGAAUACCGAAUGUGCACACAAGGGGCACUGUUUUUUGUUGUUCAACACACAAAACGACACUGAACCAAAAUAUAAAACGCCACAUGCAACAAUUUCAAAGAUUUUACUGAGUUACAGUUCAUCUAAGAAAAUCAGUCAAUUGAAAUAAAUUCAUUAGGUCCUAAUCUAUGGAUUUCACAUGACUGGGAAUACAGAUAUGCAUCUGUUGGUCACAGAUACCUUUAAAUAAAAUGGGCCUCCGGAUCUCGUUACGGUAUUUCUGUGCAUUCAAAUUCUCUAAAACGGCCCGGCUCAUGGUGGAGAAAUUAACAUUACGUUCUCUGUCAACAGCUCUGGUGGACGUUCCUGCAGUCAGUAUGCCAAUUGCACGCUCCCUCAAAACUUGAGACAUCUGUGGCAUUGUGUUGUGUGACAACUGCACAUUUUUAGAGUGGCCUUUUAUUGUCCCCAACACAAGGUGCACCUAUGUAAUGGUCAUGCUGUUUAAUCGGCUUCUUGCUAUGCCACACCUGUCCGUUGGAUGGAUUAUCUUGGCAAAGGAGAAAAUGCUCACUAACAGGGAUGUAAACAAAUUUGCGCACAGAAUGAGAGAAAUAAGCUUUUUGUGCGUAUAGAACAAUUCUGGGAUCUUUUAUUUCAGCUCAUGAAACAUGGGACCAACACUUCACAUGUUGCGUUUUUAUAUUUUAGUUCAAUGUAUUUAGGAAACAGGGAUCUUGAUCCAGGAAUUAAUGUCUCUGCUGUAACCAUGACGUUUAAACGUUGACAUCUAGACACUUAGCGAGCAAGUUAGCAAACCAAAUGAAGCAGCUGGAGCAAUGACGUACCCCCCCCACCCCCACCCAACGAUUACAAAUUAUACCGUCGGUAUUUCUAAAUACCCCCUAGAAUAUAGUACACAAACACAGCAGACUUGGGUUCAAGUAACUUCGCUGUGCUUGAUUUGAGCUUGUCUGUUUCAAUGGAACCAACAGAACAUUCCAGAAACAACAGCAACCUGAUAACUGCGUGCAGAGUCAAAUAAACGCAACAAAAAAAAUAUUAGGUUUUCCCAAAAAAUAAUUUGAACCCGAGUCAAGAGGCAAGAGGAUCUCUAUAAUAACAGAGCGUGAAACCAUGUGUACGGCUGGGCCAUAUAGGAUAUAAGGAGACAGUACAGUGGAGCACAAUACAUUUGUGUAAUGUAUCAACGAUAACAUGCAGACUGUGCAGUAUGUUAUGAGGGUUCAAAUUCAUAAGCACAAAAUAAAGAACGAUGCCAAGAUGGUAGAUAUCCUACCGCUUUUCUACUUAUAAACACAUUUUGCAUAAUCGGUUCAGUUUAUACUUUGUACUUUUUGUAAACUUUGUGUUUUAUCUCUAAAUUCUUAGGGUGUUUACACUGAUUUCAGUCCUCUUUAAAGUGAACCCUGGGGUAAAACAAAAAAUAACUCUUGUUUUCACACUGCCUUUGAAUGAGGACUCGACUCUUUUGCCAGUUCACUGUUUUGUGGUCCGAGUCCUUCAUGCGUUCACAUUGCUAUGUUUACAAAGCACGUUCAUGUACUCUGGGGUUUUACAAAGUACAGGACAAGCCAUUCCAUCAGUCCGGACUGCUAGAUAUUUUAAAUGUUUUAUUUAUUUAACCUUUUAUUUAACUAGGCAAGUCAGUUAAUAAGAACAAAUUCUUAUUUACAAUGACGGACGACGAUGGGCCAAUUGUGCGCAGCCCGAUGGGACUCCCAAUCACGACCGGAUGUGAUACCGUUUAGAUUUUAAUAGCUAAUAGAUUACGUUUAGUUAAAAUAUUAGAUAUAAUCAUUGUAAUCAGAAGAUACUAUUAACACGUAAAUAUGAUUGAUAACAGAAUAAAUAGCAGAAGAAUAACUUCUGUAAUUAAAUUGUAUCGUUACACCCAAAGUCGGCUAUUGCCGCUAUAAGAAAUAUAAUUAAUUUUGUAUCCUACGUUGUAUUCUCACACUAUUUAAACCCCACAAUCAAUAAACAGCGUAUGAAGCUCUCUUAGCCUAUCGAUCACGUAUUGCAAAAAAAAAAAAAUCAGAACUAAAAAAAUUACAUCUGCAUCCUUGACAAUCGCUAAUCAAAUAAAAAAAUUAAAAACAGCACACGUUUUUUUCCAGCGAACCUGGUGUCUAAUCAUUAGUCAAACAGUCAUAUGAAACGAGAGCUUCUAUUGGACAAAUUCAGGUAAACUCCACCCCGUUCCGUUCCCGUCUGCUUCCGGUCUAAGAAACGUUUCGCGACAGAAUUGUCAUAAUGAAAGUGCUGGAACACAGAGAGCCAAAACGAGAACAACCCAAAAUGUGUCACUGUCCCGAUACUUUCGGAGUUCACUGAACUGUAUAUGGUAAAUAAGCCGUCUCACUCUGAGGUAUAUCAGGGUUACACACCACACAAAUCAUGUCAUACAAUACUGUACAUUCCUGCUCUAAUUUAACUCCACCUCUCCGUAGAUUAGGUCACCCACUCCAUCCCUACUGAUAAUGCAGUGCCAACACUUUCCUCUGGUUCACACAUCCAACCAACCAUUCAGCAUUUUCUGGAAAGGGUAAAAAUGCACAGUGGAUCACAAGGCCUGCUGUUUUCAGCCUGUUACCGGACAACAAGGCCUGCUGUUUUCAGCCUGCUACCGGACAACAAGGCCUGCUGUUUUCAGCCUGUUACCGGACAACAAGGCCUGCUGUUUUCAGCCUGCUACCGGACAACAAGGCCUGCUGUUUUCAGCCUGUUACAGGACAACAAGGCCUGCUGUUUUCAGCCUGCUACCGGACAACAAGGCCUGCUGUUUUCAGCCUGCUACCGGACAACAAGGCCUGCUGUUUUCAGCCUGUUACCGGACAACAAGGCCUGCUGUUUUCAGCCUGCUACCGGACAACAAGGCCUGCUGUUUUCAGCCUGUUACAGGACAACAAGGCCUGCUGUUUUCAGCCUGCUACCGGACAACAAGGCCUGCUGUUUUCAGCCUGCUACCGGACAACAAGGCCUGCUGUUUUCAGCCUGUUACCGGACAACAAGGCCUGCUGUUUUCAGCCUGCUACCGGACAACAAGGCCUGCUGUUUUCAGCCUGCUACAGGACAACAAAACCUGCUGUUUUCAGCCUGUUACCUGACAACAAGGCCUGCUGUUUUCAGCCUGUUACAGGACAACAAGGCCUGCUGUUUUCAGCCUGUUACCGGACUACAAGGCCUGCUGUUUUCAGACUGCUACCGGACAACAAGGCCUGCUGUUUUCAGCCUGCUACAGGACAACAAAACCUGCUGUUUUCAGCCUGUUACCUGACAACAAGGCCUGCUGUUUUCAGCCUGUUACCGGACAACAAGGCGUGCUGUUUUCAGCCUGCUACCGGACAACAAGGCCUGCUGUUUUCAGCCUGUUACCGGACAACAAGGCCUGCUGUUUUCAGCCUGUUACAGGACAACAAGGCCUGCUGUUUUCAGCCUGUUACCAGACAACAAGGCCUGCUGUUUUCAGCCUGUUACCGGACAACAAGGCCUGCUGUUUUCAGCCUGUUACAGGACAACAAGGCCUUCUGUUUUCAGCCUGUUACAGGACAACAAGGCCUGCUGUUUUCAGCCUGUUACCGGACAACAAGGCCCGCUGUUUUCAGCCUGUUACAGGACAACAAGGCCCGCUGUUUUCAGCCUGUUACCGGACAACAAGGCCUGCUGUUUUCAGCCUGUUACAGGACAACAAGGCCUUCUGUUUUCAGCCUGUUACAGGACAACAAGGCCUGCUGUUUUCAGCCUGUUACAGGACAACAAGGCCUGCUGUUUUCAGCCUGUUACCGGACAACAAGGCCUGCUGUUUUCAGCCUGUUACAGGACAACAAGGCCUGCUGUUUUCAGCCUGUUACCGGACAACAAGGCCUGCUGUUUUCAGCCUGUUACCGGACAACAAGGCCUGCUGUUUUCAGCCUGUUACAGGACAACAAGGCCUGCUGUACAGUAGAUCCACACCAAACUGUACAGUAGAACCACACCAAACUGGACUGUAGAACCACACCAAGCUGGACUGUAGAACCACACCAAACUGCUGUAGAACCACACCAAACUGUACUGUAGAACUACACCAAACUGUACUGUAGAACCACACCAAACUGUACUGUAGAACCACACCAGUAGAACCACACCAAACUGUACUGUAGAACCACACCAAACUGCUGUAGAACCACACCAAACUGUACAGUAGAACCACACCAAACUGCUGUAGAACCACACCAAACUGUACUGUAGAACCACACCAAACUGGACUGUAGAACCACACCAAACUGUACUGUAGAACCACACCAAACUGUACUGUAGAACCACACCAAACUGUACAGUAGAACCACACCAAGCUGGACUGUAGAACCACACCAAACUGUACUGUAGAACCACACCAAACUGUACUGUAGAACCACACCAAACUGUACUGUAGAACCACACCAAACUGUACAGUAGAACCACACCAAACUGUACAGUAGAACCACACCAAACUGGACUGUAGAUCCACACCAAACUGCUGUAGAACCACACCAAACUGUACAGUAGAACCACACCAAACUGGACUGUAGAACCACACCAAACUGUACAGUAGAACCACACUAAACUGGACUGUAGAACCACACCAAACUGUACAGUAGAACAACACCAAACUGGACUGUAGAACCACACCAAACUGUACUGUAGAACCACACCAAACUGGACUGUAGAACCACACCAAACUGUACAGUAGAACCACACCAAACGUUCCCUACUGUAAAUUGAGGGUAAUAAUGUCACUACUGUAAAUUGAGGGUAAUAAUGUCACUACUGUAAAUUGAGGGUAAUAAUGUCACUACUGUAAAUUGGGGGUAAUAAUGUCACUACUGUAAAUUGGGGGUAAUAAUGUCACUACUGUAAAUUGGGGGUAAUAAUGUCACUACUGUAAAUUGGGGGUAAUAAUGUCACUACUGUAAAUUGAGGGUAAUAAUGUCACUACUGUAAAUUGGGGGUAAUAAUGUCACUACUGUAAAUUGGGGGUAAUAAUGUCACUACUGUAAAUUGGGGGUAAUAAUGUCACUACUGUAAAUUGGGGGUAAUAAUGUCACUACUGUAAAUUGAGGGUAAUAAUGUCACUACUGUAAAUUGGGGGUAAUAAUGUCACUACUGUAAAUUGAGGGUAAUAAUGUCACUACUGUAAUGUGUCAUUUAACUAUCCAAUGCUCUGCUAUCCCUCAUGUCUAUUGCCACAUUGUGCCAGUCCAUACUGUAAACAGACGAGUAUCAGCCUCUCCUACAUUAGCUUAGAUUAUAGAGUAAAACCCCUAGUUUGUAAAGGAUCGGUGUGUCUAAGCAGAAUGUGUUCACACACCAUUGAGUUUCAAUAGUGGGGUAUUUCGGACCAGUUGGCCCUCUCCAUAGAGUCCAGUGGGCUGGAUACUUCUAGUCUGUUUGGUUACGGUGGCUAGCAGCACGGAGGGGUGACAUACGCAGGUGUCCUCUUGAUGUGAACAGAUAACAGGGACUUCAAUCAAUCUGCCUCUAUCUCAUUUCCUGACGUUUUCCAGGCAGGACUAAUGCUGAACUUUUGACAGGUAUGUGUGUGUGUGUGUGUGUGCGUGUGUGUGUGUGUGACAUAAUGCAUGUUUUUUAUUUUAUAUUUUAUUUAAACUUUAUUUAACUAGUCAGUUAUUAUUUACAAUGACGGCCUACACCGGGCCAAACCUGGACCACGCUGGGCCAAUUGUGCGCCGCCCUACGGGACUCCCAAUCACGGCCGGUUGUGAUACAGCCUGGAAUUCGAACCAGGGUGUCUGUAGUGACGCCUCUAGCACUGUGACGCAGUGUCUCAGACCGCUACGCCACUCGGGAGCCUGCAGUGUUGUAAUAACUCAGCCAGGUAACAUCAUUGUGAGCAGUGUCAUUGCUCAAACAGAGUUUUGUCUCAUAGAAUGGAUCUCUUGGGAGAUACAGCUUAAUAAAGCCUUGUUUUGGAUUGCUGCUGGGCAACACCAAGAUAUUGAUAGGCAGUGAAAUAA